AUGAGUAAUAUAAACCCACCUGCUGGUACCACUAUUGAGGUCACCGAGAAUGGUGCCAUGCUCUUCCAACGAUUCUGCCAUGACCACGAUAUCGUCAGCAAAUCGAAGGUGAGUGAUGUACUCGCCAUUGAUGUUGAUGCCGAGUCCUUUUCAGUUCGGUAUCGGAACCUCGUUUCGGAUCACCGCCUUGUCCUCCUUCACCUCUCCCCUCGUUCGGACAUAGCCCCCCCUGACCCUUGCGCCCCCGUUAAAUCGGUGUUGGACUGGGGGAAGUUGAGUCAUGACCUCAAUUUCCUCGACGAGACGGACGAGAUUUCUUCAGUCGUAGACGCCAACUGUGCUAUUGACCGUCUAGAGGGACACAUACAAACCGCCGUUUGUAACAGCUCCCGGCCGGCACCGGCGACGGACGACGGUCGCUGGAGCCUACCGGAGGAUGUGCGUGCCCUUCCAACGGAAAAGAACGCAGCCACUCGUGCUUACGACUCUUACCCCACCGACGAAAACCGUCGUUUCCUACGGGCUUUACAGAGGCACGUAAAGACGCGUAUGGACGAGGUACGUCAAAGUAGAUGAGAAAAGCUCCUAGAAGAGCUCGAGCCCACCCACCAAGCCUUCUGGCAACUAACCCGUUCUCUCAAGUCCGGCACAGUUGCCCAAAUGCCCCCCCUUAGCCGACUUAACAGCCUCGAAGCCCAGUGCUCCCCCAGUCUAGAGCCGGUCAACCCGACCCACCUCCUCCAGGUGGACUCCGAGGUCGAACUCAUAGCAACCCCGCCCUCCGACCCUCCUCUCCCCCCGGUCACCCCAAAGGAAGUAGAAUCGCUCAUAAAGGACCUUGAGCCCCACAAAGCCCCAGGCCCUGACGGUAUCUCCAACAAGGUGCUUAAACAGCUUUCUGCACCCCUCAUCUGUCUCCUGACUGCCAUUUUUAACGCCGCUCUGACCAACUGCAUCUUUCCGCAAAAGUGGAAAGAGCCGGUGGUCAUCGGUAUUCACAAGCCCGGGAAACCUCCAUCUGAACCCUCCAGUUACCGUCCCGUCUCCCUGCUUAACACCAUGGGCAAACUCUAUGAACGCAUCCUAUAUGCCCGCCUCAGAGACUACGUCAUGUCUCACAAUCUCCUCCCCGACGAACAGUUCGGUUUCAGAGCUAGGCACUCAUGCGUUCAGCAAGUGCACCUCAUAGUGGAACAUAUCUCCGAAGGUUUCGAUCGCCCCCGCUUCAUGCCCACCGGCGCCCUCUUCUUCGAUGUGUCAAAAGCUUUCGACAAAGUCUGGCACAACGGCUUAUUUUACAAGCUGUACAAUCUCUGCGUGCCUGAUCGUCUCGUGCACAUCAUUCGUGACUUCUUGUCGAACCGCUCCUUCCGCUACCGAGUUGAGGGCGCAAUCUCCUCCCCUCACCCCGUAAGAGCUGGAGUCCCGCAAGGCUCUGUCCUCUCGCCUCUCCUAUUCUCCCUGUACACUUGCAAUAUCCCGAAGUAUCAGGCAGUAAAUCUCGCCCUCUUUGCCGACGACACUGCGCUCUACUAUUCGGCGCGCAGCUCCAGGCUAGUUUCCGCGGCUCUCCAAUCUGCCACUACACGCCUAGGCGAGUGGUUUCGCAGAUGGAGAAUCGAAGUCAAUCCCGACAAAAGCGCGGCGGUAUUCUUCACGCGAAGUAACCUAUCCAGUCGUAGGGUACAAGACCUCACCCCGAUCUCGCUGUUUGACCGCCUAAUCCCUUGGGUGAACACGGUAAAAUACUUAGGAGUUACGCUCGAUAGGAAGUUGUCAUUCAAAGCACACGUGAAAACCGUCCGCGGUCGCGCCCACUUUGUUAUGAGCCGGCUUCAUCCCCUUCUCAACAAGCAUAGCAAACUCUCCCUUCGCAAUAAGGUGAGACUGUACACGACCUGCAUCCGCCCAAUCAUGACGUGCGCCAGUGUCGCAUUCGCUCAGGCAAAUCUCACGCUAAUACACCGCCUGCAGGCUCUCCAAAAUUGAUUCAUGCGCAACGCGACGGGUGCCCCGUGGUACCUGCGCAACGCUAACCUCCAUAUAGAUUUACGGCUCCCCACAUUAGCCCAAUUCAUGAAACAGGCAUCGAGGAAAUACUCCGACUCUGCUCCUCACCGCCCCAACCCCCUCGUAGUGGCUGCAUCUUCUUACGACCCCCUCAGGGAACAACCCCACCGCGUAAAUAGGACCCGUCGGCCAAGAGAAGUCCUCAACGACCCUGACGACCUUAUCACUCUCGCCACUUUGAAGGCCUCAGUGAUCAACAGGUUUAGCACCGGAUCUGAUCACCGACUUGUACGAGGCUCUCUGAAUAUCGAUGUCAAACUUGAAAGAAGCCCCUUGAUGAAGUCCACGCUCCGUCCUAAUCCACUCCAGAUCAUGGCGGGCUCCGAGAAGUUCCAUGAACUUCUCGAAGCGAGAUUCGUCGAGCUGGAACCCACCGAGGACGUUGACGAGGCCCUACAAGGCGUGGUUGGGACACUGAGAAGCGAGGGCAUCAAAUUCUGUCAAUUGCAGCGUACGGGAAAGAAGUCUAAACUCUCGGAUGGGACUCUGCGACUUAUGACGAAAAGACGCGAUGACAUCCAGGCCACUUCGUCAGAGAGGUCAUACCUAAACAAGCAGAUUGCGAAGAUGGUACGGCGUGACCUUCGGAGCUCCAAUACACGCCUCAUUGAGGAGGCGAUAGAGCGAAACCGAGGGUCCAAAGUAUUCACUCAGCAGCUUGGAAGGAGCCACCUGACGAAGCUUACAACACACGAUGGCCUAACCGUUACGUCAAAGCCGCAGAUACUCGCCGAGAUAGAGGACUUCUAUGGCCGUUUGUACGCUGUAAAUACUCCUCGGGUCCAGCGUGACAAUCACGAUUUGAGAGCCACUUUGACGCGCCACUAUACCGACGACCUGCCAGAAAUCAGUCAAGACGAGAUCGUGUUGGCUCUAAAACAGCUUAAAAAUGGAAAAGCCCCCGGUGAAGACGGAGUUACUUCGGAGCUUUUGAAGUCUGGAGGAGUUCCUAUUAUCCAGGAACUUCAGAAGCUCUUUAACUUGGUCAUUCACUGCGGGAGAACUCCACGGGCAUGGAACAGGAGUACUGUAGUUCUCUUCUUUAAAAAGGGAGAUAAAACUCUACUGAAAAACUACCGACCCAUCUCACUCCUGAGUCACGUCUACAAGCUGUUUUCUAGAGUCAUCACGAAUCGCCUCGCAAGAAGACUCGACGAGUUUCAGCCACCGGAACAGGCCGGGUUUCGGGGAGGAUAUAGCACCAUAGACCACAUACACACAGUGAGGCAGAUUAUACAGAAGUCCGAAGAGUAUAAUCGGCCCCUGUGUUUAGCUUUCGUGGACUAUGAGAAGGCCUUUGACUCUGUCGAAACCUGGGCUGUCCUGGAAUCCUUACAGCGGUGCCAAGUGGACUAUCGUUAUAUACAAGUGUUGAGAUGUCUUUACGAUGCUGCUACCAUGAGUGUCCAAGUACAGGACCAGCAGUCUGAACCUAUCCAAUUACGCAGAGGGGUGAGACAGGGGGAUGUCAUAUCCCCGAAACUGUUCACCGCUGCAUUGGAGGAUAUGUUUAAGACGCUGGACUGGAAAAGGAUGGGCAUUAACAUAAACGGCGAGUACAUCUCACACUUGCGAUUUGCAGAUGACAUAGUCGUAAUGGCAGAAUCGCUGGAGGAACUGGACCAGAUGCUGAACAGCCUAGCAUCCGCCUCGCGGCGGAUUGGUCUCGGCAUGAACUUUGAUAAAACCAAUGUCAUGAUCAAUGGCCACAUUGAUCCGAGACCCAUCUGCGUCAAUGGCCACCUUCUUGAAGUUGUUUCCGAAUACACUUACCUCGGGCAGAUUCUGCAGUUAGGUAGAAAUAACUUCGAGAAGGAGGCCAGGAGGAGGAUUCAGCUUGGCUGGGCAGCGUUUGGGAAGCUACGUCGAGUCUUUUCGUCGCCCAUCCCGCAGAGCUUGAAAACAAAGGUUUUCAACCAGUGCGUCCUACCAGUUCUAACAUACGGAGCUGAGUCGUGGACACUCACGAUACGGCUAGUCCACCAGUUUAAAGUCGCUCAGCGAGCUAUGGAACGAGCUAUGCUCGGAGUUUCUCUGAAAGAUAAACUCCGUAAUGAGGUUAUCAGACAGAGAACCAAAGUGAUCGACAUAGCUCUUCGGAUAAGCAAGCUGAAGUGGCAGUGGGCUGGACAUAUCUGCCGAAGAACCGACAACCGCUGGGGUAAACGAGUUCUUGAGUGGAGACCACGACUUGGCAAACGUAGUGUGGGACGCCCUCCAGCCAGAUGGAGUGACGAUCUGCGGAAGAUUGCUGGCAGGAAAUGGAUGCGUCAAGCCGAGAACAGGGCGAAAUGGCGUGCAUUAGGGGAGGCCUAUGUCCAGCAGUGGACUGCAAUAGGCUGA